AUGACGUUCUAUUCUCUUGUGGGGCUGGUGCUGUUGUUGUCGCGCGCCAGUGUGGCCGAUGCCCUGUCCAUGAUGGAGGCGAGCCCGACGCUCCAGCGGGGUGAUCCCGAGGUCGUGAGACCGAAGCUGGCGGAACACGUUCGCCCUGAGCUGAGGAGAGCGUACGUGAAGGUGACCGAUGCCCUGGCAGGCGAGGUCAAAGAACACUUGGAGACCUACAGCAAGGCCUCGCGGCUCUUGGCCCAGGCUCGCGGCAUGAGCCAUUCGAGGCACAUCCUGGACUUCGUCAUGGAGCACCCGGAAGCUCCAGCGCUGUCCCCGAGAGGAUGCUUGUACCUCCCGACCGACGACGCCUGGACGACGUUCUAUCUCGGAGAUUACGUGGAGCAUCCUUUCCCGCCGCUGUUCGCCACUAUGGUCGCCAACGCCUACUACCCCGAGUGCAACGAGACGUCGCUCACUGGCAUGCGGCUGCCGCAGGCUUGCGAUGAUGGCGGCAUGCGGGGGUACUCAGGCUGCUUCUCGGUGGCCCGACUCGGGAGGGCGGGGGGCGUGCACAUCUACGAGACGGCGGGCCACGUCGGACUGCCAGACAAGUGGUUGUCUGUUCCUCGGGCAUCGAGAGCACGAGGCUGA